AUGCUACAGGGAUCCACCAAGGACAAACACUACAGGGAUCCACCAAAGAACAACUGCUACAGGGAUCCACCAAAGAACAAACACUACAGGGAUCCACCAAAGGACAAACGCUACAGGGAUCCAACAAAGGACAAAUAUCACAGGGUUCCACCAGAGGACAAACAAUACAGGGAUCCACCAAGGGACCAAUGCCACAGGGAUCUGCCAAAGGACGAAGGCCUCAGGGGUCCACCAAAGUUAAAAAGCUACAGGAAUCCACCAAAGGACAAACACUACAGGGAUCCAUCAAAGGACAAACACUACAGGGGUCCGCCAAAGUUAAAAAGCUACAGGGAUCCACCAAAGGACAAACACUACAGGAAUCCACCAAAGGACAAAUGCUACAGGGAUCCACCAAAGGACAAAUCUUAUAGGGAUCCACCAAAGGACAAACGCUACAGGGAUCCAACAAAGGACAAAUAUCACAGGGUUCCACCAGAGGACAAACAAUACAGGGAUCCACCAAGGGACCAAUGCCACAGGGAUCUGCCAAAGGACGAAGGCCACCAAAGUUAA